AUAACAGUGCUUUAGGAUGCUGGAGCAGAGCAGCAGCGUAUCAUCAGGACCACAAGAAGUGAGAGUGGGAUGGAGAUGGAGACACUGAGUGAGAUGUAAAUGGAGAAGCAGCAGUGUCACCAAGACAAAUUGGACAUCCGUACGAUUUUGAAGUGCUUUGCAUUAAAACACAAACAGCAUCCCUUCUCUCUAAAGUAAUCCAUUACUGACAAUUAAUGUCAAACUGCACGCUGGAGCAGCUUCAUGCUGCCUUGCUGGCUGAAACAUUGCUAAUGGAAAGAAAGCCUUAUAAGAUCCAGCUGAUCAAAACACACCUAAAUGCAGCAUAAUGCCUUCAAAAGUGUCAUGUUUGUACCUGUUGACUGUGGUCUGCUGGGCGAGCGCUCUCUGGUACCUGAGCAUAUCUCGCCCGACAUCCACUUAUGUCGGCCACAUGUCAGUGCCUGCACACAAGGCUCCGAAGACCCUGAAAAACAUCACCUUCACCAACAUCCACACCCGCUCCCUUAACCCACACGCCUUUGAGUUUGUCAUCAACGAGCCGAAGAAGUGCGAAAGUGCCGCUCCCUUCCUGGUCAUCCUCAUCAGCACCACGCACAAGGAGUUUGACGCACGGCAGGCCAUCCGGGAGACCUGGGGGGACGAGAGUACCUUCGGCGACAUCCGCAUCCUCACCAUCUUUCUGCUGGGCAGGAACACGGACCCCAUCCUGAACCAGAUGGUGGAGCAGGAGAGCCAGAUCUUCCAUGACAUCGUGGUGGAGAACUUCAUUGACUCCUAUCACAACCUCACCCUCAAGACCAUGAUGGGCAUGCGCUGGGUGGCCACCUUCUGCCCCAAGGCGCAGUACAUCAUGAAGACAGACAGCGACAUCUUUGUCAACAUGGACAAUCUGAUCUACAAGCUCCUGAAGCCCACCACCAAGCCGAGGAGGAGAUAUUUCACCGGCUAUGUGAUAAACGGUGGCCCCAUUAGGGAUAUGCGUAGUAAGUGGUACAUGUCCAGGGACUUGUAUCCUGACAGUAAGUACCCGCCUUUCUGCUCGGGCACUGGCUACGUGUUCUCAGCGGACGUCGCCGAGCUCAUCUACAAGACUUCAUUACACACGAGACUGUUGCACCUGGAGGAUGUGUACGUGGGACUGUGUUUGCGUAAGCUGGGUAUACACCCGUAUCAGAACAGUGGCUUCAAUCACUGGAAAAUGGCCUACAGUCUGUGCAGGUACAGACGGGUUAUCACCGUGCACCAGAUCUCCCCGGAGGAGAUGCACCGCAUCUGGAACGACAUGUCCAGCAAGAAGCACCUGAGAUGUUAGGGGGGACACUCAACAACUUCCUUUUAUUUUUGCCUUUUCUCUUUUUUUUAAACUGAGUAAUGUAAAAAACAUUGAGGGCUGCUGCGAAGUCUCUAUUCCAUGAUAGAUGUUUUCAUUAAAGGGAUAGUUCGGGUGUUUUGAAGUGGAGUUGUAUGAGGUACUUAUCCAUAGUAGAAAGUAGAUGAUGGUUGGCGCACCCACAGCAUCGAGAAACUGACAAGAGCACCGGCGCCAGAGCAAAGCAAUGCUGGCAGCAGCGUCACAUAAUUGUGAUUGGCCUCGGUGCAAAUGUUUUUCUUGGGCCCUCGCCCCAAAUACAAGUGCACACUAAUGUAACACCCUGCCCUGAACUCAGCAGCCAAAUGUUAUCACAGAGACAGAUUAUAGUAGGUGCCCAUUCUCCAACAUAUGAGAUGUGCUUUUAUAGAUUUAAAUCCCUGAUCCCACUCCAUAAUAAUAAAAAGAAACCAGUACUCACCCAUUAGAAGUUUAUCCUGCAGGUCUUGUGCUCCGCUAAGUCAUUAACAACACUGCUCAAGAACCAUGUCCUUUUUUAUUGGAAUGUCCUGUUUGUCAGACGCCUAGCUGUUUCUAUUUAUUCCUGUCACUCGCCUUGAAAUCGCCUUAAAAUCGACUAGGAGCAGCUGAUUGGUGAAGUUGAAAUUUCACUACAAACACCUUAAUAAGGAGACAGCUGGCUGGAGGGAGAUCGCCAGAGAGCUGAAAGUUUCCUGCUG